AGAUCCGGGAGCUGCCCCAGCCUGAAACCAGCGAGGAGGAGGAGGAGGAGGAGGAGGAGGAGGAAAAGUGGUGUGUCGAGGAAGGAUAACAGUUCUGCUGCUGCUGUCGCUGCUGGAGCAGGAAGCAAAAGAAGGAAGGAGGAGAGGAAGCUUCACUUCAGCUGCGUUCAGUUUCUCACACAUCUCACUGUCGGACGGAAGGUAUCGGAGGCGACAGGGACUCGAGUUUUAACGUUCGCUUUCUUCCGCAAGAAGAUGGCAUCAAACGACUCGCGGCUCCAGCAUCAGCCCUCUCAGAAGGAUGCGGCGGACCAGAACUUUGAUUACAUGUUCAAGCUGCUGAUCAUCGGCAACAGCAGUGUGGGGAAAACCUCCUUCCUGUUUCGCUACGCAGACGACUCCUUCACGUCGGCCUUCGUCAGCACCGUGGGCAUCGACUUCAAGGUCAAGACCGUGUUCCGAAACGACAAGAGGAUUAAGCUACAGAUCUGGGUGAGAAAAUGAAAGACGCACUGCAUUGUGGUCCUGAUGUUUGUUGUGUAGUGCUGAACAUGUGUCUGGGACUGUUGGUUUGCAUCGUCUACUUUGUAACCGUAAUGUUUUUUCUACCUCAAAAUCACUUGGUUUCAUUCAUGAGGGUAAUGUUUAGCAGAUUAUACCCCAUGAAAUAUCCCUAAAGGGUUAAUACAACCCAUGAAAUGUAUAUUUCCUCUUGCCAAAAAGCGAAUGCAGCACCUACCUUGUCACCUAAGCUUCAAAAUCACUAUUCAUGGGGGUAAUAUUUGGUAGAUUAUACCUCACCCAUUCCUUAUUACUCUAUACCUUUUUAAAGGGCCAGUACCACCCAUAUAAUGCUCUUUUGCACCUGCCAAAAAGUGACUGCAGCUCCUACCUUGCAACCCUGAAGGAUUAUUCUGCCUCAAAAUCAUUCUAAUUAUUUAUUAUUAUUCAUUAUUACCUCAUCCAGUCUUUUUUACUAGUUGACAUAUCCUAAUGGGCUAAUACAGUUGUAUGCAGCUCGUACCUUCAGCAUCAAAAUCACUUGGUUUCAUUCAUAAGGGUAAUAUUUGGCAGAUUCUACCUCAUCCAGUUCCUUUUACCUGUUGGAAUACCUUUAAAGGGCCAGUACAACCCAUUAACUGUACAUUUAAUAGGUUUUAAUUUGUUUGUCUUUUAAUUUUUAAGUGUGAACAGCGUGAUUUCCCCAUGUUUUACUCAAAUUCAUACAUUUUUGCCUGUAUUUGGCUUCAGACAACAGGGAUUGACUAACCUGAGUAAAGCUGGUUUUUAAUUGAUGCACGGUUGAACGUCAGUGUUUUGAGUGGCUCUACUUGCCGUGCAUACUUGUUCUGUUGUUGCCUGUUUUUAAAGACAUUUUUCAUUGAUUUCAUCUCUUUUAUGCAUCGCUUCUGAGUUCACGGUCCAAAUCCACGUUCCCUGGUUUAUGGCCGAUGGUUUAAAAGGGCUGUGUUUGCCCGAGCCAUUAUUCAUGGUGGGUGUUUUGGUUGUAACACUAAACCAAUCCGAGUGCCUUCUCUCCCUGUAAAAGGCAGGUGUGCUUGCACUUUGGCAGAUUGCUGCUAUUAGGGUGAAUUUGUUCAGUCGUUGCAGAGAAGGCUUUUCUGUUUGUUCAUAUCUGGAGAGUGUGAGUGUUUGGAUGA